GUAAGUUCAGUUUACGGGUUGCUACGACUAACAACUAAUAGGAACCAAGAUGUAUUCGUCAAAACUUAUUAAACUGACAAUCUUAUUACGAAGCCCUCAGGUUUACCCCAAAUGUCAGAAUGUAAACCAUCUACGACUUUUGUCAGCAUUUAACCGUAAACCCGUGAAACCACGAACAAAACAAGACGAAAUCUUUAAAAAUAUAUUAAAAAGACCAAUAAAUAUAUCCCCAAAAAUUAAUUUCAGUUUAUUGAAGAUAUCACUGUUUGAUGUGCGCUCUGCUGUCGCUGGUUUUCUUUUGUACAAGUCAGUUGUGUCCAAAAUCAACUAUGAGUAUUUUCUUGAUGAGUUACAAUUAUCAGAUUCCAUAUUCGUCCGUAUUGUUAUUAUAGAGUUGUGUUUGUGGAUGUUCGCUGCUAAAGCUAAUAAGGAGGGUCACAAUGGAAAUGCUUUAAGGGAGUCGAUGCUUAGCUUGUUAAGUAAUCACAUGAACACGAAAUUGAAAAACGCCGAGAAGGAUAACCCUGAAUUAGCAGACCUCUUGUCACAUGCAUCUGAUUUUCUUCAAAGCAGUAGAACACGAUUUUGUGAGUAUGACGAGGCUUUAAAUGGGGGCGACUUCACCUUCGCUACCCUCCUGUGGAAACAUUUUGAUCACGAAGAUGAAGUUCACUCAAUCUAUCUUCACAUUUUACUGAAAAUGGUGAAGAACAUUCGAAGAUACAUCGAAGAUUUUGACUCACCAACAGUAUCUUUAAUUUUUAGCCCAAAUAUGAUGAUUUCUUUUUUGAAGUGGUUGUGUUUAUUCAUAUUUUUCUAA